GGGAAGCCUCCUGGAAGCUGUGUUGGGGAAGCAAGAUGCUGUCAAGACCCAAGCUGGGGGAGUCCGAGGUGGACUUACUGCGCUUCCAGAGUCAGUUUCUUGCUUCUGGUGUGACUCCGGCUGCAAAACUGGUGAAGAGAGUGAACAGGAGAGGUGGCGAUGCCAGCGCCGCCCAGCCCCCGCCACAGGACCAUCGGGACGUGGUGACACUGGACAAUCUCCCAGAUUUGCCUCCAGCUUUGGUUCCUGCUCCUCCCAAGAGAGCCAGGCCCGACCCCAGCCACUGCCUGCCUGUGGAUGAGGACCCUGAAGAGAGGUUGAGCAGACACGAUCAGCACAUCACUGCAGUCCUGACCAAGAUCAUUGAAAGAGAUACAAGUUCAAUGGCUGUGACGCUGCCUGUGCCCAGUGGUGUUGCCUUCCCCCCUGUGUUCCAUCGCUCACGGGAGAGACAGGAGAAGCCAGCAAUGUGUGGUAGGAAAAGCAUCUUUGCCCAGGAGAUUGCAGCAAGACGCACGUCUGAAGCUGAGGUAUCCCCAGCCAGGGAAGCCACAACCCACCUGGACCCACCACAGGGUGCUGUGGCCUGUGAGGCACCCACUCCCAGGGACCAGGGCUGUCAGCUUACAGGCCACAGCCCAGGCUCUGAGCGACCGCUCCUGGCCAUGGAGAAGAAACUCGGAAAGCAAGAGGCUGAGCAGGAAUCCCGGAUCAUCCACGAAGAGAACAUGGCAAUAAUGCAGGCCAUGUCCCACGAGGAGAUCAUGCAGGCACAACAGGAGCUGCUGGCUCAGCUCGACCCCAACCUCGUUGCCUUUGUGAGGUCUCGCGGCUGUGCACAUGAGCAGGCAGCCAAGAACGUCACCAAGGUGCAGGGGUCAGGAGGACCCUCAGCAGACGUCGCCAAAGAGGAGGCUGUCGUGACAUCUUCCGCCAGUGAGCCCAAGAGGGAAGACGAACUGGAGCCAGGAGCCCCAGCUCUGGCCCUGCCCGUGACCCCCCACAAAGAGUGGCUGCACAUGGACACUGUAGAACUGGAAAAACUCCACUGGACCCAGGACCUGCCCCCGCUGCGGCAGCAGAGGACGCAGCAGAGGAUGCAGGCUCGAUUCAGUCUCCAGGGUGAGCUGCUGGCUGCAGAUGCAGAUCUGCCUACCCAUCUAGGUCUGCACCAUCAUGGAGAGGAGCCUGAGAGAGCAGGGUACUCCCUCCAGGAGCUGUUCCACCUGACCCGCAGCCAAGUGUCCCAGCAGAGAUCACUGGCACUACAGGUGUUGUCCCAGGUCCUCGGCAGGGCCCAGGCCGGUGAGUUUGGGGACCAGCUCGUGGGCAGCGUCUUACGUCUCCUGUUGGAUGCUGGUUUCCUCUUCCUACUGCGCUUCUCCCUGGAUGACCGAGUGGAUGGGGUCAUUGCAGGCGCUGUCCGGGCCCUCCGGGUCCUUCUGGUGGCUCCUGGAGACGAGGAGCUCCUGGACAGAACCUUCUCUUGGUACCAUGGAGCACUGGUGUUCCCUCUGAUGCCCAGCCAGGAGGACGAGGACGAUGAGGAUGAAGAUGAAGAGCCACCAGGAGAAAAGGCAAAGGGCAAGAACCCAGAGAAGGAAAGACGAGCCCCACCUGACCUGGCCCGACAUGAUGUCAUCAAGGGGCUCCUGGCCACCAACCUGCUACCACGGCUGCGCUACAUCCUGGAGGUAUCCUGUCCAGGACCCAUGGUAGUCCUCGACAUCCUGGCCGUGCUCAUCCGCCUGGCCCGCCAUUCCCUGGAAGCAGCCACAAGGGUCCUAGAGUGCCCUCGGCUGAUAGAGACCAUAGUUCGAGAAUUCCUGCCCAUCAGCUGGUCUCCUGUGGGAAUGGGGCCUACCCCUAGUCUACACGGAGUGCCCUGUGCCAUGGCCAUGAAACUGCUUAGAGUCCUGGCCUCAGCUGGGAGGAACAUCGCGGCCCGGCUGUUGAAUGGCUUUGACCUCCGGAGCCGCCUACGCCGCUUCAUCGCUGAGGCACCCCAGGAUCUGGCCUUACCUCCAGAGGAAGCUGAGGCACUGAGCACUGAGGCCUUCCGCCUGUGGGCUGUGGCUGCCUCCUACGGCCAGGGCGGGGACCUUUAUAGGGAGCUCUACCCAGUGCUGGUGCGGGCCUUGCAGACUGUGCCCACUGAGCUAGCUGCCGACUGCCCGCCACCCCUCCCCAUGCAGCGCAUAGCCUCCCUGCUCAGCCUGCUCACCCAGCUGACCCUGACAGCUGCCGGCACCCACCCAGAGUCCCUCAGUGAGCCUGCUGAGGCUGGCCUGUCAGCGCCCUUGUACUCGGUCACUUGGACACAGGUGUCUGGGCUGCAGCUUCUUGUGGAUCCCUGUCUGAGGCAGUCCUUGAACUUGCUGCCCAGACCUGAGAAGUGGAAUGCUCUGGGCCCAGUGCCAACCGCCUGCCUGCUAUUCCUGAGCGCCUACUACCAGGCCUGGAGCCAGCAACCAGGCUUGUGCCCAGAGGACUGGCUUGAAGACGCAGAGCGCUUGUCACGGGAGCUACUGCUGCCACUGCUGGACCAGUCCACCCUGGGUGGCCUUUGGGAUUCACUUGGGUCCUGCUCCCCUCUCUGCAACCCACUGUCCUGCGCUCCAGCCCCUGAAGCCCUCCCCAGCCUUGUGUCGCUGGGCUGCACAGGAGGCUGCCCCCAGCUCAGCUUAGCUGGCUCAGCCUCGCCCUUCCCAUUCCUUACUGCCCUCCUUGUCCUCUUCAAUACCCUUGCCCGGAUCCACAAGGGGCUAUGUGGCCAGCUGGGUGCUGUAUUGGCUGCCCCAGGACUCCAGAGUUAUUUGGUGCAGUGCAUGGCCCCUCGGGCCGCCCCACUCCUCACACCCUUCUCUGCGUGGGCUCUGCGCCAUGAGUACCAUCUGCAGUACCUGGCCCUCGCCCUGGCUCAGAAAGCGUCAAUAUGCCAGCCCAUGCCGGCCACCAGUGCUGCCCUGCAUCAUGCCACGGCCUUGGCCCUGCUGAGCCGGCUGCUGCCCGGAAGUGAGCACCUCGCCCACGAGCUGUUGCUGAGCUUCGUGUUCCGCCUGGAGUUUCUCCCAGAAAGUACGUCAGGAGGCCCGGAGGCUGCUGACUUCUCUGACCAGCUCUCCUUAGUGAACACUGGGGACCCCCGGAGCCGGCGAGGGGCUCUGCUGGCCCAGGCCUGCCAGGACCUCCCCAGUAUCCGCAGCUGCUACCUGACCCACUGCUCACCAGCCCGAGCCAGCCUGCUGGCUUCCCAGGCCUUGUACCGAGGGGAGCUGCAGCAGGUCCCCAGCCUGCUGCUGCCUGUGCCUAAGGAGCCACUCCUGCCCACCGACUGGCCCUUCCUGCCACUGAUUCAUCUCUACCACCGAGCUUCUGCCUGUGCCUCAGGGUUCCCGCCACCUGACGCGGAGGCCACAGCCCUGCGCGGCCUGCAGUGGGUGCUGCUUCUAGAGAGCUGGCGGCCCCAGGCGCUCUACGCUGUGCCUCCAGGAGCCCGCCUGGCUCGACUCAUGUGUGUGUUCCUGGCAGACAGUGAACUGUUCCGGGAGACCCCAGUGCAGCAUCUGGUGGCUGCCCUCCUGGUCCGCCUCUGUCACCCUCAGGUCUUGCCAAGCCUCAAGCUGGACUGCCCACUUCCUGGCCUGACGUCUUUCCCUGACCUCUAUGCCAGCUUCCUGGAACAUUUCGAGGCUGUCUCUUUUGGGGACCACCUCUUUGGGGCCCUGGUCCUCCUUCCCCUGCAGCGUCGGUUCAGCGUCACCUUGCGCCUUGCCCUCUUUGGGGAGCAUCUGGGAGCCUUGCGAGCUCUGAGCCUGCCUCUGACCCAGUUGCCCGUGCCCUUGGAGUGCUACACGGGACCUCCCGAAGACAACCUGGACCUCCUUCAGCUCUACUUCCGGGCCCUGGUUACAGGUGCACUGCGUCCUCAUUGGUGCCCCGUGCUCUAUGCUGUGGCUGUGGCUCACAUCAAUAGCUUCAUCUUCUCCCAGGACCCAAAGAGCUCGGACGAGGUAAAGGCUGCCCGCAGGAGUAUGCUGCAGAAAACAUGGCUGCUGGCAAAUGAGGGUCUCCGGCAACACCUCCUCCACUAUAAGCUUCCUGACUGCAGCCUCCCAGAAGGCUUCGAGCUGUAUUCCCAGUUGCCCCCGUUGCGUCAGCAAUACCUGCAGAGACUGGCCUCAGGGGUGCUCCCCAGUGGGGUGUCUGAGACCUAGUGUAAUUGCUACAGAUGGAGAGAUGGAUACAUCCCCCAGCAUUCACCAGCAGACACCUGGCUGGCUGUGGUGUCCUGAAGUCGGGCAGGUGGCAGAGAAGCCAGCACAAAGCUUGUCUCCCUCCUGGGAUUGUGUUGCUGGAGCUCGGUGGGAACAGAAUGAGCCUGGCCACUUCUGAUACCUGCUGGGGAGUGAAGGGGGCCUCAGCCACUCCCCGCCCCUUUGAGAUGGGACGGAGCACGCCUCCCCUCACCCACACCACUCACCCUGGGCCAGAACACCUGAGCACUGCUGAUGGGCAUUGUAAUAAAGGUUUUUGACAAAC